GAUCGUCUUCAACAAUUUCAAAACCUCUCUCUGAUUCUUAUGCCUUGGAGCUCCACCUCCUGAUCCAUUUCAAACCCCUCGAGUUCUGUGGAAAAUCAGAGUCAUCGGAUCCGGCCUGAAUAAGUAUGGCGGCGUAUAGAACGGACGACGAUUACGAUUACCUCUUUAAAGUGGUUCUCAUCGGUGACUCGGGUGUUGGAAAAUCUAAUCUCCUCUCCAGGUUUACGCGUAAUGAGUUCAGUCUUGAGUCCAAAUCUACAAUCGGUGUCGAAUUCGCCACUCGGAGUAUUCGGGUCGAUGAGAAGGUCGUCAAGGCUCAGAUUUGGGAUACCGCCGGUCAAGAAAGAUACCGUGCCAUCACAAGUGCAUACUACCGAGGAGCCGUUGGUGCAUUGCUUGUCUAUGAUGUCACACGACGCGUGACAUUCGAAAAUGUUGAGAGAUGGUUGAAAGAGCUUAGGGAUCACACCGAUUCCAAUAUUGUGAUAAUGCUAGUUGGCAACAAGGCAGAUUUGCAACAUCUGCGUGCUGUUUCAACUGAUGAUGCCAAGGCCUUUGCAGAGAAGGAGAGCACAUUCUUCAUGGAGACAUCUGCCCUUGAGGCUCUGAAUGUCGAGAAUGCUUUUACCGAGGUGCUUACCCAAAUCUAUCGUGUUGUCUGCAGAAAAGCACUCGAGAUUGGGGAGGAUCCCGCGGCGUUACCUAAAGGACAAACCAUUAACGUCGGAAAUAGGGAUGAUGUUUCUGCAGUGAAGAAGGUUGGUUGCUGCUCUUCAUGAUAUCAUCAUAUGAAUAUGAGGUACAUCAUCAAACGAGUAGAAGGAUGAGUACAUUAUGCUAUGUCUUGAAUUUCGACUCCUGGUCAUUUUUUAUGGUGCUGGGGAGCUUCUGGGAGGGUUGGAUUCAUGUUGGAGUGCUUUGAAAUUGACACCAGUUCUUGUUGUCAAUUCCUUGUACUUGUCCGAGCUCACUCUUUUAUAUUGUUUUAAUUUUUGGCUCAUAGUUUUGAUUGUAUCAGAUUGUUCUAGAUAGAGAGAUCUGCUAAACUGAAGUUGUAUCUAGGUAAAUGUUCAGUUCAAUGGGGGCAGAAUUCUUUAGUUUCUCCAAAUUUGCUUGUUAUGCCAGGAGGAACUUUUAUUCCUCCA